CUACCUUAAAAUAAACCUCUGUACACACACACAUAUAUAUAUAUAUAUGUCUGUGCGUGUUUGUAUGUAAAUGUAUAUAUCAAGAUGAAUUAAACUAAUGUAAGGAUUUGUUGUAUAAGUUGGCAAACCCUACACCAAACCUGAAGCAGUACAGCUAAUGAAAAACUAAUAAAGAACAAGAGAUAAUAGCUCGUUAUGAGUUCACCAAUUAUUCAUAUAAAUCUGUUGACAAAUGUUGGUAACUAACUAUAAGAAUGUUGCAACGAAAUCAAGCUGUGCCAUUUAUAAUUACACAAAAGGAAAUCAGGGGAAAUACUGAAGGUUGGAAUUCAAGUACAAACUUGUUCUCAAGUCACAUUCUUAAAAAUAUGAAGACAAGUUGAUUAAAUCCAGUUAUGCGGACGUGAAUAAGCUAGCAACUUGGACUAGAGAGAGUCUGUAGAUGAAACAUAUAGCAGGAAGAAUGGACAAAAUCAACUCACACAAAACAAACUGAUAAAUAUUAUGCCUUGUAAAAUAAAGGGUUUUGCCUGGUCAUGAUCCAUUUAAGACAAAAACUAUAGAAUAAUUGAUGUCUACAAAAACCUAUUUAUAUAUUUUUUAUUGCUAUUUGAAAUAUAUCAAGUGAGCAUAUAUAUAUAUAUAUAUAUAUAUAUAUUGCCUGAAGAUCAAAGCAGUCUGACACUCGAACCACAAAACUUACUUUCAUUUUCAGUUUCAAUAAAAAAAGACAAACAUAUCCUCUGCAACAUUUGCUAAGCAUUCCUCUCUAGUUUGCCCAACACAAAGCAACACACACACAUAUGUAUGAUUCAUAACAGAAAUAGGAUAAAACAGAUUUGGCUUCUAUUAUGGCAGAAAUGAAUGAUGUAUCUCCAGAGUCAGGGUCAAAUAUAGACCAUAAAGAUAAUGGAUUACUUCAAGAUGAUGAUAAUGACAGCAGUAAUGUUAAAGGAAAAGACUUGGGUGUCGAAGGUGGUGAAGAUAAUUUCACUAACAGUGACAAUAACAACAAUAAUAAUGGUAAUAACAACAUAAAUAAUGGUAAUAACCACAACAGCAAUAUCAAUGACAUUAAAACUCUUUUGGAAGACACACCAGAUGAUAAAGUGAGAAGAGAGGAAGACGAUGAUGAUUUGUCCUACCUUUAUGACACAAUUGGCAAUAACAACAACAAAAAUGACAAGAGUGGUAAAAAAAGCCCACUGUUCCAAGAUGAUGAAUGGGAAAAUCGUGUGAAGCAACUGAGGAAAGAAAUCAGUGAAACGGAAGAACAACAUACGAUUUGGAAAAAUAAUUUUUCUGCAAGAAGGAAUGUUGCCAUAGAAAAAUGGAAAGAGAUUAAGAAAAAGAAACAACAGCAGAUUCAAAAGAUGCAUAAAUUGAAGAAUCUUGCCAAUGGAAAUGCAGAGGAAGAGACAGAAAGUAUGGAAGAAAUGGUAACUGAUCAAACUAAAGUUGAAUGAUUUCAAACUUUUAAUUCUAAAUCAAAUAUCAGGAUUCAAUCCACACAUUCAGGAUAUAGUUCUUAGCACAGGCCUUAGAAGUCUUUUAUGUUGCUAUUCUGUUUGAAUAAAUUCUUUAUUAAUAUUUAGAUUUGUACUAAAUUAGCACACCACUGAAAAUAUUCCAAGGUGUUUGAUGCAAGAAAUAAAAAAAAUAUAUAUUCAUCAUCAUACAGGUACAGGUGUGGCAAGAAAUUUAUUUCCCAACCACAUAGUUCCAGGUUCAAUUGCACUGUGUGGCACCUUGGGCAAGUGUCCUCUAAUAUAGCUCUGGGCCUUAUGAGUGGAUUUGGUAAAUGGAAAUGGAAAGAAGGUUGUCAUGUAUAGGUGUGUCUUUGUGGGGGAAACAAACAAAGCACACACACACAUAAAUAUAUACAAGAUCAGACUGGAGCCUGGUGCAGCCUACUGGCUUGCCAGUCCUCAGUCAAACCGUCCAAUCCAUGCCAGCAUGGAAAGCGAAUGUUUAAGCAAUGAUAUAUAUAUAUAUAUAUAUAUACAUAUAUAUAUAUAUGUGUGUGUGUGUGUGUGUGUAUACAAGGGUGAGUCAACAAGUAAUGCCAUUUUGUUUAGGACAGGUAUAAUUACCAACACAGGAACAUGUAUCAUACAUCAAAAUGAAGCUGGUCCUCUGUGGAUCACAACCCUACUUCUCAACAUAGUCACCAUUUCUCUCAAUAGCAAUGUUCCACCUUCGAAUGAGAGCAUGUAUCCCUAUCCACGUAAAAUUCUGUUGACUGUUCUUUGAGCCACUUCUUCACAGUUUUCACUUCCUCGUCAGACUAUCAUCUCUUCGGACUCAUGAAAGAGGGUUUGAAAGGCAAACAUUAUUCCAGUAUCUCACAGGUUUCUGCAGCUACUGCAGCUAAUUGGUAUUUAUGUUUUUUAAAAUUUUAAUUAUUUCUGUGGGAGGUUUUGGGACAUAACACCUGCGAUAGUCGAGGGUUUAUUGUAUUGUCAAAAAGAAACAAUAAAUUCUGGUGCAGUCGUCUGGCUUGCCAGCUCUGUCAAACCGUCCAACCCAUGCCAGCAUGGAAAACAGAUGUUGUUUGCUUUUGGGGCUCAUUUUUUUUUUUGAGCCCCAGGACUCAUAACACCAGUUACCAGGUUUCCAUGGUGUAUAAAUGAGAGAGAUCCCAACAUACCCCUUGAAUGGGAUGCUGACCCAUCAUAGGGUUCAGAGCCAGCAAUUGUGAAUGGAGGGGACAAAUUAGUUACAUCGACUCCCAGCACUUGAGUGGUACCUUAUUUUAUCAACCCUGAAAAGAUAAAAGGCAAAGUUGAUUUCUAACAGGAUUUGAACUCAGAGCAUAAAGAACCAGAAGAAUUGUCACAAAGCAUUUUAUGCGAUGUGCUAAUGUUUCUGCAAACUUGCCACUACGAAAAUAAGGUUAAAAACCCCAAAAUCUAUAAUCUUUAUUAAUUCACCUAACAUAGUAAAAGACAUCAUCAUCGUUUAACGUCCGCUUUCCAUGCUAGCAUGGGUUGGACGAUUUGACUGAGGACUGGUGCAACUGGAUGGCUACACCAGGCUCCAAUCUAAUUUGGCAGAGUUUCUACAGCUGGAUGCCCUUCCUAACGCCAACCACUCAGAGAGUGUAGUGGGUGCUUUUACGUGUCACCCACACGAAAACGGCCACGCUUGAAAUGGUGUCUUUUAUGUGCCACCCGCACAAGAGCCAAUCCAGGGGCACUGGCAAUGAUCUCGCUCGAAAACCCUACAAGGCCAGUCAGGCGGUACUGGCAACGGUCACGCUCAGGAUGGUACAUCUUAUGUGCCACCCGCACAAGAGCCAGUCCAGGGGCCCUGGCAACGAUCUCACUUGGCUUGCCGGGUCUUCUCACGCACAGCACAUUUCCAAAGGUCUCGGUCAGUAGUCAUCGCCUCGGUGAGGUCCAAUGUUCGAAGGUCUUGCCUCACCACCUCAGCCCAGGUUUUCCUGGGCCUACCUCUUCCACGGGUUCCCUCAACUGUUAAGGAGUGGCACUUUUUCACGCAGCUAUCCUCAUUAAACAAUUACAAAAUUUAACAUAAAUUCAACAGGUAAAAAUUAAUUAGAUCUAAAUGUCAUUUAAAUGUUAUAGUAAUUAGUGUGUAAAAGACUGUGUCUAUAAAAUUUGUAAAUUUUGGGGUCUUCAGAUAAAUUCCUUCAUUUUUUUAUUGUUUUUUUUUUCUAUUUGACACCCCUCUGUCAUAUAUCGGAAAAGCGACAAAAAUUAAUCAAAUUUCAAGAAAAACAACCGAAAGUUAUAAAGGAAAAACAGAACUACAAAAAUUAAAAACUAUGAUAAAAAUAUUUUGCAUGUUAAUUUGAAUAACAUUGGAAAGGAUUAAAAUUAAUAGAAAAAAAUAAAAAUAAAAUGAACAUACAAUUCUCCUUUGCACCAAUAUAUCUGAAAUUUUAAAAUUUGACUCUGAACAGUAGUUGUCUUACAUUAGAAACUAAAUUGACACUUAAAAAAUUUAUUUUUUUGUUUGUUCACAUCAUGGAUCAAAUAAUCCUAUAUUUGUCUUCUGCUCACAGACGCACAAAUGCUUAUGUUGUGGCCCAAAUACUAUCUAAGAAUUUAAUGAAUGCUCAUAAAUUUUGUUUGAAACACUUUAAAUAAUAAUUUUGUAUUGACGACUUCACUUCAGUUUGAAAUAAAUAAUUG